AUGGCGAGACGGUGUGUGGAGAUGUUGAUCAACGAGCAGAUCAGACGCUACAAUGAGAAGUUGGAGGAGAUAGAACAGCUGGAGCACGCUGAGGCUCUGGCUGUCAACCAGCUCAAACUCAAGAGACAGAACACGGUGCAUGAGAAGAAGUGCUCUGACUUGACGGUGGUCCCUGAGAACGAUGAGCCACUAGACUCUGACACGGAGGCUGAGAAAAACCUGAUGGAGCGCAUCAAGUCUAUAAAACAAGAGAAAUAA